UGCACGUUUUUAAAUGCCGGCACAAAACAAAAGUGGCGAUUAAAAGAGAAAAGUAAUGUUUAUGAAUGCAAAUUUGUUCGAGCCGGGCAAAUCAAAGUCCGAGCGCAGUUUUAUACAGAGUGCAGUAAAGCAGAAUACACGCUUUGAUGGCCGCAAAUCAAACGAAUUCCGAGAUGUGAAAUUAACCUUCGGUUCGGAUUGGGGCACAGUGGCGGUGUCCAUGGGUGAUACAAAGGUACUGGCACAAGUCAGCUGCGACAUUGGGACACCGUCCAGUGCACGAGCCAACGAGGGGACACUGUAUCUGAACGUGGACAUCAAGGGUGUGGCAUUUCUCGAUGAAAUUCAGUCGACCCACGAUCAACGCUUCUUAACACUUAACUCGUUGCUGGAGCGCACAUUUAGGAGCUCUCGUUGUCUAGAUCUUGAGUCCCUGUGCAUCGCUGUCGAGCAGCAUGUAUGGUGUGUGCGCGUUGACAUUAAUGUGUUGAACCAUGAUGGAAAUUUAUAUGAUGCAAGUACGAUUGCUGCGCUUGCAGCACUAAUGCACUUCCGUCGACCGGAAGUCUCUUAUGCUGAAGAGAAAAUUCACACGUUCAGCGAAAGGGAGCGCGAAUUGAUGCCUCUGCUGUUUCUGCACUAUCCUGUAAGCGUAACAUAUUGUCUGUACAAAAGUAGUUCAAAUCCAUUGGUCGACCCAACUCUGUUGGAAGAGAAUGCCGCAGACUCGAUCAUUGUAUUGAGCUUUAACUCGUACCAAGAGCUAUGUACACUCAAUGCUGGCGGUACCGCCCCGACCAACGUACGCACAAUCAUGCAAUGUGCACGCAGCGCAGCGAAUCGUUCGAAAGCCCUGGUCCAAUUUAUACGCAAGGCAUUGGAGCUGGAUGCGGAGCGUCGAUUACAGCCCAAUCGAGUGGUCGGUUUGGUGGAUCUCUUAAGCGAUACUGCGCCCCUGUUGAGUUUUAAGCAUUUAAUGGCGGAGAACGUGCGGCAGGAGGUUGUACAGAAGAAGAUUAGUGACAAGCCCAUUCCGUCAACGGAAACAGUUGGCGAUGAACAGUUGCCUGCGGACACAAAAAUAGAUGAAGCGCCUAUGGAUGAAACCACCUGGCUGUCGGUGGAGCAAAACACGUGGAUAGAACAACAAGUGAAAAAUGUGCAGCAAAGCUUGAAAGAGUCAACGCAGGUGGCAGGCAAAACAAGCAAGUCCAAGCCCAAUCGGAGUAAAAAUAAGGCUAGCAAGAAGCCAGCAAUAAGGAAACAAGAUCAAAGCGAUUCGGAGGAGGAAGUUACACAAAUCCUAUAAGAAACGAGUCUUGCUCAUCACCUAAAUACAAUCUAUAUGUUAUAUUUUUACAAAUA